CUGUCCACUCAGCACAGGCGGUUUCCUUUCUUCAGAAUAAGAAACACUGAGUUUCACUUUCUGUUUUCUUUUCCUCUGAAACGUGACUCAGUGUGUUUGUUUCGAUUCUUCUGUACUUUCAGCAUGUCCUCAGACAGCAGACAGCAGCUCCUCUGCUCCACUCAGACAGCAUGUUGUCGUGGGGUGAGAACAGGCAGCGGGGCUUCAGGCUCCGAACGCCGGCGACGGACGGCGGGAAAGGCGAGGUUCACUUCUUAAAUGUCCCCUUUAACCUCGCUGACCUGUCUGCAGGUCACAGCGUGCUCGCCUUCGUCAAAACCGACGGAACCGCGUCCAUCAUCCGGACCACCGAGGCCACAGGCGGUGGGCGAACGCGAGGGAAGCAGAAACGCGUGGAUUACCAAAAGAGGAUUCGGGCUGUGAGCUGCACCGAUCGUGGCGUCACACUGCUGUGUGAGAGCGGAAAAGUUCUGUGUUUGGACCAAGUUCCCAAUUAUACUCCAAAGCCUCUGGAUGCUUCCUGGAACGUAGCGGUGUCACAAGUUGCUUGUGGAAGCCAGCAUUCAGUCGCACUGACCAGAGAUGGUCAGGUGUACACGUGGGGUCAGAACUCCAGAGGUCAGCUGGGUUUGGGGACUCGACAGUCCGGAGCUGCUUCACCCCAGCACCUCCCGACUCUGUCGGCCGUCCCACUGGUGCACGUGGCUGCAGGCGGAGAGCAGAGCUUUGCCCUCUCCCUCUCUGGAAACGUGUUCGGUUGGGGCCGAAACGACUGCGGGCAGCUCGGUUUGGGAGACACAGCAGACAGACAUAAACCAUCUCCUGUUUGCUCCUUGAAUAUGAAGAAAAUUAUUCACGUUUCCUGUGGAUCGGAGCACACCGCUGUGAUGACGAAGGGCGGCGUGGUGUUCACGUUUGGCUCUGGUCGAAACGGGCAGCUUGGACACAACUCAUUCCGAAAUGAACUUCUUCCUCGGCUUGUUGCAGAGCUCUGGGGGGCAAAGGUCACCAAGAUUGCUUGUGGACGGUAUCACACGUUGGUGUUAACGGACUCCAGUAGGAUCUAUUCCUUUGGGUGUGGUGAUCAGGGCCAACUGGGACGUGGAGACGAUACUCAUCCGUCUGUGCCACUGCCCGUUUACCUGCUGCAGUCCACCAGUGACGACCUCAGAAUUACAACCAUCUACGCAGGAGGAGACUGUUCAUUUGCAGCAUACACAAAUAACGAGGGAGCGCAAAAAGAACUAACUGAUGUCAGCAACCAGAGUAAAAAGGAGAACUGUCUCGAUAAUAUGAUUGACAGGUGGAUUUCUGAAAGAAAUCCCAAGUCAUGGAAAAAGAUCAAAGCAGAAAUCCACCAGCUGUUUUCUUCUGCAUCGUGUCUGAAUCAAAGCUUCCUCGACAGACGAAACGAUGAACAUUUCUUGACCUCAGCGAAGUAUUCCGCCUUGAACGUGUCACUUGCGAGAUCUGCUUUCAAGAAGCUUUUAGAGAGGGAUGACGUUUUGGCAGAAGUUGAAGCCGCCAUCACACGCUUGCUUCCUUCCCUCAACAAUAAUCCGGUGGGGGUGGAGGGUUUAAGGAUCUUCCUGCUUCUCAACGAGCUUCUGUACAUGAUCCAAAAACACAGACCGUGCACGAAGCUCGCCGAGGCCGUCGCCGCCGCCAUUGUAAAACUGCCUGCCGAAUGUCUCCACGUCAUAGGGGACUGGUGGGCGUCACUGACCUCGUACACGAUGGUUAAACAUGUCACCGUGUGGAAACGAGUCCUUUCGGUGAACCUGUCCAAUCAUCCUGUGCCGCGCAACUCAAGGACGAACAACCUGCUUCUGCUCCUGCAAAAUAUGCACCACGCCAACAGCAGGAUUCCUGGUCCUCGGAGAAUACCAGAAAGUUCUUUUUGUUUGAAGCUCAGUGGCGACUUUGUUGAAGAUGAAGUGCGCUACUGGCGUUUAAUGACACACAACAAGGCUAUAAAGGACAAGCCGCUUAUCCUCGGCAGCUUCCCAUUUGUAAUGGACCUGCAAACAAAGAAACAGGUUUUUGACAUCAACACUUUGUACACAAUGGCAAGUAUUCAGAGCAGCGGCUCUAUUCCAAGACUCAAUAUGGAUUUCUUUAAACUGAAGCUGGGGCGUGCAUCACUUCUGAAAGACGCCUUCAAACAACUGGCUGCUGCAAACCUGACUGUCCUCAAGAACAACCUCCUAGUGCUUUUUGAUGAAAGCCCACAUAUCACACAGGUCUACAAAAAAGACUUUUUUCACCACUUCUUUCUGAACAUGAUAAAAGAAAAAUCUGAGAUGUUUAUGUUCAACGACUCCAGAACAUUGGUUUGGUUCCCCAGCAGAGAGGCAACAGAGGAGGACAGAAAGAACUACUUCCUGUUUGGGCUGGUGUGUGGAUUGGCCUUGUACAACAAGUGUAUCAUAGACUUGCGGUUCCCCAUGGCUCUCUUCAAGAAGCUGGUCAACGUGGAACCUUCACUAGAGGACAUGAUCGAAUUCAGACCAGAUAUUGGAAAGAGUCUGCAGUACAUCGUGGACUAUGAGGACGAUGACUUGGAGAAUCUCUACAUGAAUUUUGUGAUUCCUUGGGAUGACACAGAAGUGGACCUUGAUCCCCAAAACCCUGAAAAGCCAGUGACAAGUCAAAACAAGGAGGAGUUUGUGGAUGCGUAUGUGAAUUACGUCUUCAGCAGCUCAGUGGAGAGUCUCUUUCAGGAGUUCAGACGUGGGUUCUUCCAGGUCUGUGAUCAGGAUUUGGUGAACUUGUUCCGGCCGGAGGAGCUGAAGGGAGUGCUGGUUGGAAAAGACGUCUACGAGUGGACAAAGCUGAAGCAGAGUACGGUCUACAGUGGUAGGUAUUAUGAUGGCCACCCCACCAUACAGAUGUUUUGGGAGGUUUUUGAAGAACUGACUGAAGAUCAGAGGAAAGAUUUUCUUCAUUUUGUGACUGGCUUUAAGAAGGUUCCCAUUUUCGGGAUGGAGCAGGUCAAGAUGGAGGUUCGAGAUCGAGAUCAGGCAGUCUUUGGUUGCUCCAAUGAUCAGCACUUCCCUGAGUCACUGACUUGUUACUCCAUUCUGGAUCUGCCCUUGUACUCAAACAAGGAGAUCAUGCGUGACAGACUGACGGAGGCCCUGAUGUCCGAAAGUGGGUUCAACUGAUGGUGGCAGGUCAAACCGGUGCAGCUGCAGGCAAAUACUUUGAUUUAUAAGUACUACGUAGUAGUACCCGUGGACAUAAAGACAUUAACAGCUACACCAGUCUGACAUUUGACACAGAUGACCUUCACCCAAAUGACUGACCUCUGGCUGACCUUGGAGGGGCAAUUCUGGAAUUCAGUGUGUAACACAUUUUGUCCAAAUCAGGUUGAAAAAAAUUCUAAUUCCUUGACCUUCACCAAAAUUGCUUCAUGAGGCCAAUGCAGGUCAGCCUUCAUUGGCCUCAUGACCUUGACCCUAAUGUUUGUUGUCCUUUGCCAUAUUUGCCAUUGCUGGGCAAUUCCGGAAUGUACCUCCAGAUUUAGGGCAAAUCGGAGUGAAAAUUUAAAGUUUGGCCCAGUCUGCCCAACAGAUGGUUAAAUUUGAUCUCAUCUAGACAUUUCUAGAACACAUGUAUCUGUGGACGCCAAAUUUGGUUGACAUUGGAUUGGAGAAAUAAAAAAGUUUCAUUUUGACCUUUGUCUCUAAUGGCCUUGAUCUUUGCCAAAACAACCCAUUGAAGUGGAAUUCAAGGGUUGAUUCAUGGAUGGCGAUUCGUGCAAUUCAUCAAUGAAGAACAACCUUCAUUCACAUGCCACAUUUGAUGGAGAUCAGCCAAAGGCCCUUGGAGGAAGUAGGGGAAUGAACACCCAAACGCUGAAGAAGCUAUAACAUAAUUUUUAAAUACAUAUCAUUUUUACGUUUGCGCUGUCAUCUUCAGAUGAUUCAGAAUUCUUCUGCUGGGGUGUUAAUCAUAACACUUUUUUUGUAAUGUUUAGGGCCGGGGUUUUCAAAGU